AUGACUCCAAAAUGGAGUGAGUGCCCUUCAAAUAGUCACAGAGAACUAUCUUUGCAUGAAAAUGAAAAUAAGGAUGGCAAUGUUUAUAAAAGGAGAAAGAUGGAUAAAGAUUCAAAUUCCCUUGUAGCAGAUGAAGAAGUUAAAGAACUGACAAUUCAAAGUUGCACUACCUCUGAAGAUCACUCUUCACUACUGCUCCCUGUUAUGAAUCCCUCAUAUCCAGUAUUUUCAAAUUUGAUGGCAGGUAAGAUAGACCCUGUCGUAGAGCUUGAAGAGCCUGCUGGAGUUUCAUUGGAGCCAAAUUCUGGUGUGAACGAAAGAUGUUCAGUGUCAAGUAUGCCACCAUCUUCAGUGAUACUAGACAAAAGGGAUGCUUCUGUAUGGUCCUCAUCAAAUAUACGCCCUACAGAACCGAUAAGGGAGCUCACAUCAGCAAGGGAUCUAUGCAUUGCUAUACUGAGAAAAGAUGGACUCAUAACUGAGUCACAAACUAGAAUCAUUUUAGAGGAAUCCACUGAUUGUAAUGCCAACCACUUGGUGACAUGCAAUACUUGUGGAAGCUUGGAUGUUCCACUAAAGAUGCUUAUAUGUGAUUCUUGUGAAGCAGCAUUCCAUUUGCCUUGUUGCAUCCCUUGUAUUAAGGUGGUACCAGCUGGUGAAUGGUAUUGUCAGCCAUGCUUGAAGAAGAAACCUAAGAGUCUUUAUGGUCAACUGUUAGAGGGCAAGGUCAAGUCUUCCGGGAAUAUGGACCAAAGGCCUCAUGGCAUGAGUCAUAUAGAGUACAUGUUCAACGAUGCUGAAUCAUACGUUACUGGGGUUCGACUUGGUGGAGAUUUCCAAGCUGAAGUGCCAGAAUGGUCUGGUCCCAUUUCCAGUAGCGAUGGUUAUUUCACAGCGCCCUCUGAAUUUGAUCCUGCUGAACUCAUGAAACUGAAUUUCUGUUCAAAGAAUAAUCACAACAAAUCUUCAAGUUCAACUGGUAAUUGGGUACAAUGCCGUGAGGUCUUGAGCACAGGAGAUCCUAACAAGCCAGUAAUCUGUGGCAAGUGGAGAAGGGCACCCCUAUAUGUUGGUCAGUCAGAUGAUUGGGAUUGUUUUUGUUGUCUUCUCUGGGAUCCAGCUCAUGCUGAUUGUGCUGUUCCACAGGAGUUGGAUACAGAUGAAGUCUUAAAGCAGCUGAAGUAUGUAAAUGCGGUGAAGAAUCGGCUGGCUGACCGUAAGCAUAAGCCUGCUUAA